UCAAUAACUUUGUUUUUUUCUAUUUUAAAAUUUGCAACAUAUAUAGACGGAUUUCUCCUUGAAACGGAUCAUACGUCAAACCCUGGUGUAAAUAAUCAAUGCAUUUCAAUGGAUACCUGUAUGCAUAUAGCAGAAAAGAAAGAAUUAAGAGACCAGAUCUUUCAGUUCAAACUCGAAAAUGACAAAAGUUUACGAAUACUGACAAACCAAUUGCAACAUAAACUAUCCGAAAUGGAUGAAAAACUACAAGGAAAUUACAAACCCAAUGAUACAAUAGAAUUUGCGAAUUUAAAGCAAAAAUAUCAGUUGCUACAAGGCAGCUAUAUCCAUCAAAAAGACGAACUGGAGAUAUUAAAAAACGCAACAAUGAACGUUCUUCAAGAACUGUUCGAACUGAAGCAGCUAAAAAGUAUUAAUCAGGAUUUAAACAUGAGUAAUGUGCAAGGAAAACUUCAAUUACUUGACCAAAAAACUAACUCACUGACAAUCAACCAGAAUGCUAGAAGUCAAGACUUUCUUGCCUUGUUUAAUAACACUCGUGUAAUGGAAAACAAAAUUAAUCUAAUGGGGAAUUUUAUAACUCAGAUUUUAAGUCAUGAAAUAAUACAAAACGCAACGACAGCAACACAUUUCAACAUAUUCAAUGAUCUGAAAAAUAGAGUUUAUGAAAUUGAAACUAAGCAAAAUGCUACUUUCGCUGAUGUCAUAUCGAAAAUUAUUUCGCUUGAAGGAAAAGUAUCAAACAACAGCAAAAGAGUGGCAGUUACAGCAUGUGUAGGAUCAACUCAAACAUUUUCUGAUGCUGUAGUUAGAUUUUCUACAGUGAGAUCAGAAAUAGGAAUAAAUAACAUUGCUACGUUCAUGUACAGUGGGAAAUUUGUUUGCGAGAUUCCUGGUUUAUAUUAUAUCUCAGCUCAUAUACGUACAAGUUCAGGAGAUUAUGGUUUCCACGUCAAGAAGAACAAUGAUUAUAUUGCUUAUUCUAUAACAGAUGCAGGUUUGUCGGAUUCAACAAACCCAAUAUCUGCUGUAGUGGCACUUCAAAUAAAAGACACACUGUACGUCGAAACUAGUGCAACCAUUUAUUCUACAUAUUCCUGUAUAUCAAUUGUGAAAGUUAAAUAACUACUAUUGUUGAUAACACAUGUUGACAUUAACUGGACCAAUUUUAGUUUCUUUUACUCAAAUAUUAUAA